CACGUAGUACGCCGGCCGUGUACAAUCGAUACACACAAAACAACGCUAGGGAGUAGGGUUGUUUCGAUUUGCAGUAUCGUAGAAUUCCCCUAAAGUGCAAACAUUACUGAGAAAUCGACGCGGAUGUAUGGUGUGAUCAGGCAGGAACAUUUCGUCUACAUUGAUGCGAUUAGUUACUAGCGGUAGCACCCACUAGCACGAAGAAGAUCAGCAGUUGACGAUUGUAAUUGUAAGCUUGUACUUGACCGUUUGGUUUGGACUUUGGUACCUGAUAAUUACUACGUGUCAUUCAAAAGCACAGAGAGAUGGACGGAACUACGGAGAAGAAAGCAAGACUGGAUAACGGCAGUUCUGUGCGGCCUCCUAACCCAUAUCUGGAGAAACAAGACGUGGACGUUUUGUUUCACAUCGGACUAGCAACCGACAAGGACCAGCUCCCGGCACGCUUUGGGGAUGUCAAGUUUGUCUGCAUGGGCGGGAGCACGACACGCAUGAAGCGGUUUGCAGAGUUCAUCUCUGAGCGCCUGGGCUUCGGCACCCAAAAUGGCACCGUCCUGACUGACCUAUGCUCAACCGAUCGCUAUUGUAUGUACAAAGUCGGCUGUGUUCUCUCAGUCAGUCAUGGCAUGGGUAUGCCAUCCAUAUCCAUUCUCCUUCAUGAGCUGAUCAAGUUGGUUCACUACGCCGGCUGCAAGGAUGUCGUCUUCAUCAGGAUGGGUACGUGUGGUGGACUGGGCCUGAAACCGGGCACAGUGGUCGUCACGGAUACAGCAGUCAACGAGAUGUUUGAACCAGCCUAUAAAGUGCCUAUUUUAGGUAAGAUCGUCAGUCGUCCGACACAGUUAAGCAAGGAGGUAGCUACUGAACUCCUUGCUGCACACGAUUCCAACGCUGACUACGAUGUCACCACAGGGAACACCAUGAGCACCUCUGAUUUUUACGAAGGCCAAGCGAGGAUUGACGGCGCGAUCUGCGAGCACACGCUAGAGGACAAGAUAGCGUACCUCCAGGCUGCGUACGAGGCCGGAGUACGUAACAUUGAGAUGGAAGGAACGUGCCUGGCUGCAAUGUGUGGUGCAGCUAAAAUCAAAGGAGCCGUUGUGUGCGUGACUCUCCUGGAUCGGUUGCUAGGCGACCAGGUUACCAUGACUCCCGAGCAGCACCAGGAGUGGGAACACCGCCCUCAAGAGUUGCUUGCGAGGUUCUUCAUCAAUCAGCUGCGCAAGGAGGGAUUGUAUUGAUCUGCGGAAAGACGAAACCAAGUGCUGUGAAUAGGCCAUAUGUUGAGUGAAUGUAGGGCAUUCUGAUCAUGUCAUUAUUCUGGGAACAGUUGAAAUAUCUUGGUUUUUUGUGUGUUUUCUUUAAGAAAUUUGGAAUUUCCUUCAAAUAAACCCAACAAUUUUAAGCAUGUAAUUUUUGAAUAAUUUUUUCUUUAUUCACAUCCGUUUGCAUCCCCCCAAUGGGAGACUAUUGAGACAUUGGUGGCAGCAAACAUACCGGUCCAUUUUCCAUUGUUUGCAUCAUAUUGAGCAUGCGCGCUUUGGCUUAAACAUGACAUAAACAAUUGAAAAAGGACCGGUGUGUUUGCUGCCACCAAUGUCUCAGAAGUCUCCCAUUGAGCAUUGAUAUAGCGCCCUCGCUCACUCAAACUAAGGGUCUAUUUAUUUAAUGGACUUACCAAAUUAAUAAAGUAAUAAGAAAAACUAUUUUUGAACCAAAAAAGUACUAGUUUGUAACAUAUUUGAUCUUCCAAAAACCUUUCAAUAUUGUGUGACGUGCAAAGAUUGAUAUACACUCAAACUAUUAUAAUUAUGAGUAGGAUGCUUGUUCAAACUUUGAAACUCAUUAAAUCAUUCCCUAUCUUGUAGCUUUUUCAUGCGAGGCCUCAUGGGUAUUCUUAAUGGGUACGUUCGUUUAGCUCACCCGGGUCGACAUGGGAUAGCCCCGUGCCGUUUGAUUAGCUCUGACGUCAUUCUCGGGGAUCACCCGGGUUGGCCACCACAGACCCUGCUCGUGGAGCAGAGACAGUGGUGGAAAUACGUCACACGCAUACAUUCCAAGAAACGGACAAAUAUGGCGGCAGGACAGCGGAAAUCUCAAAUGGACUUAAAAAUAAACUUUAUGUCAAGUCUAAAUGUAAUCAUUUAUUGAGUUCAAUGCGACUUUUCAGGCUAUAAUUCCAGCCAAACUUUUUUGAGUUUUGCAAUUGACUGAAAAGGAGUUAAUCUCAAACUAAGACCCAAUCCAAAACGGACGUUUUGUCAGUGGCUACGGCCACGGAUACAGGACAUCACGUGAGAAUCGUGAUGGCCCGCAGUUGAGCGUUAGAUUAGCCCGGGUGUCGUGGCUAACCUGUCUGCCUUUAUCCGAGUCGAUCCGGAUGAGCUACUCAAAUGCACCCAACAUUUCUAAUGCUUAACAGUAUUAAAGCAAUUCACCUUAAAUAUUUAUUUUAAGGUGUUUGUUAUAUCCAAAACGCACGGACAUACAAAGUAAAAGAGACAACUUCCAAAUAGAAUUAGUGUCAAAGACUUGCUCCUUGGGAAGCUUUAGCUUGUUUUCUUAUUUUAGUUCAUGUAACUCAGGUAAAAACUUAUUUUCUUUAGGUUCUUUAGGAUAAAGGUUAAAUUGCUGUGAGUUUUACUGCUUGUGUUCUGUUUCGUUUGGCGUGUUUGACAAGGAUAUGAAGAAGCCUUGGGUUUGCGGUUAAAAUUAGAAACAAUUUUUAAGAACAAGAUGUCAAACAUUUUUGUUUAAGUCUAUACUUUCAUUAAAAAGGAAUUUUGUUGAAUGGGAUACACACAUGAUAAAAUACGAAAUGAGAAAUAAUCGCUGCAGUGUGUUUCAAAAAAUCUUAUUUCUCAUAUGAGACUUUUUAGGGCAACUAAAUGUAUCUGUCAAAUGUGAAAAUAUAAAAACACUAUUAGGACAUAUUUGUCUUUUGGAAUCAAUUAUGAAUUCAUAAAACUUUGACGGGAUUUGUCAAGAAGAUUAUUUCUUAUUACCCCGUGUUUUUUCCUUAAAAAAAAAUAUCAAAGCUAGUUAUUUUACAGGUUUAAUUUUCUUAUAUUAGUUAGUAAAUCUUUUGUAAAGAAAAAGUAUAUUUUACUGAUUAAUUUAAAUUUUACAGUAUGCUUGUGCCAAGUUUCCAGAAUGAACUGUCACAAAAGUAAAUAUAUAGUGUCAAUCUCUCAAUAUAGAUACAGAUAUUUUCCUCAAAUCCUAUUCUGUAAUUACAUUAGAUAAAUUUUAUCGUAAUUUUAUCAUUGGGAAAUGGCUUUUAUUGGACCAAAAGUUUAUUUUAUUAGUGGAAGUGUGAAGUAACUUUAUCCUGCUCAGUAAUUUAACAGAAAACAGUUUUUGUUCCCUUGUUUAUAAAAUAAUACAUUUACAAAAUAAAUAAAAAUAGAUAAAAUUCACUGGAAUACAAUGAAAUAUUCAAUACAGUUCAAGAUUGCGACGGCAAACGCUUUCUUUCCUGAUUUUGUUAAAAAAUAAAUGAUGUUACUCAAAUUCAGAUUUGAAAUAUUCAGAUUUACAAUUUGAGCAAUACAUCUCCAACAAUGGUGGACAAUAACCUCUCACCCCAAAAUCGAAUUGGCAGGACUUACAAAGAUCAAAUUGUAUAAAGGUUUGCUGUAAACAACUGAAUAAAUAUUUGAAUAUUUUGAGGUGUA